AUGGAUCGCGACGGCUUCUCGGUCAUUUCACUCACAUCGCUCGGCUCCACGGUUUCGCAUCGUGUCUUAUCCAGCGCCGAGGAACUCAAUGAGUUGAACAGCACAUUGAGGGUGCCCGAUGAGCGCCUGUCGUCGUUUGCUCUUAGACUGUAUCAGCUGCAUCAGUACAUAGAAGCUCUCGACGCUGCGCUAAACAGCGCGAGCGCCAUCUCGGGACGUCUGCAGACUACGUUGAGCCAGAGUCUUGGAUCGUGCGAUGUUGUCUCUACGGUGUUGAAUAAGCAGGUUAUGCGAUUGCAGGCCGAGACGCUGCCGAUGCUGGAUGAGGUAUUUCUGGUGACCUACAACGAUGCCGUGCUUGCGUUUACCCGACUGUUUGCAUUUUUCGCAAAGGUGCUCUCCUUGUCGAACCGAGAUGAGCAGGAUUCGACUCUUGAUGGUAAGAGUGGUAGAGAGGUCUUUGAUCAUGUUAGCGGAGCCUGCCAGAAAGCUUCGCAGACCAAGGAAAUCCUCUUCACCCCCGGAACGCAGAAUAGAUCUUUCGCUUCGAGUAGUAAAGGGCCUCUUCCUGGUGAUAUGGAACCGCCGCCUUAUGCGCCCGCCCAGGCUUCAAUGCCCCAAUCCCCGGGUGGUGAAUCGUCAAGCAGCGGAUCAGGUUUUGCUAAAGGUCUCUCUUCGCUGACCAGCUCGUUCAAGGCCAUGACAUCUGGUCUCUGGCCGAAACCUGACCCUCUAUCCACAGCCCUCUGUCAAGCAGCGCUUCGUGGUGAUGUUCAGCAGAUGAGCGGACUGCUCGCCCAAGGCGCCAACAUUAAUGGACGCAAUGGCGAGGGCAAUGCGCCUCUGAGCUGUGCCAUUCUGGCCAACCAGGAAGACGCUGCCAAGUUCCUUCUCGGCGCAGGUGCAGAUGUCAACUCUAAGGAUAUGAAGAUGCCCCCGGUGUUCCUAGCUGCAUCGGUGGGAAGCAUUGGUGUUGCGAAGAUGCUCAUCAACCAGGGCACAUGGAAUGCCAACGCUUCGAGGAUGACCGGACAGUCAUACUUUGUCGACGUGUGCAACAGCGAGAACCUAGAAGGAAUCCAGCUUCUUCUCGAGAACGGCUCCAAGCCUAAUGUGACAAACACUUCGGGAAGACCAGUCAUCGCGCAGGCUGUCAAGAAGGGCAACAUUGAACUCGUUCGCCUGCUGCUUCGUUAUGGCGCUAAUCCUGACUCUAGUGACGCCACGGGCAAUUCUAUCCUUGUCAUAGCAGCGAGCCAGGACCGUAUGGAUAUGGUGAAGCUUCUCCUCGAAAGUCGCACCAACGCCAACGCAAAGAGCCUGAGCGGCCAAUCUGUGCUGGUGGACUGUAUCAAUAAGAGAAAGCUGGAUAUGGCGGAGAUUCUUCUCGAGUACGGUGCUAAUGCGAGCGCGAAAGACCUCUACGGCCACCCUGUUCUCGUGAUCGCCCUACGUGAUAGCAAACUCUCAGAGGCAGAAAAGAGCAGAGUGGUGAAAAUGCUUCUUGACCACGGGGCGUCGCCGAAUGUCUCGGACGGAACAUGGGGUGUUGCUGCUAUAUGCUUCGCCAUGGAGACAGGCAGCACAGACCUGGUGAGGAUGAUGCUCCAGGCCGGAUCGAGCACGAAGAAGAAGAUGAACAGCGGCGAGACGCUUCUGCUGUACGCUAUUGAUAACGGGAGACGGGACCAAGCUAAGCUUCUAGUCGAGGCCGGCGCGGAUGCGAACGCGGUGGACAAGAAGGGUAGGACGCCGUUGAUGCAGGCUAUUUCCAGGAGAGACACUGAGUUGAUCAAGAUGCUCAAGGCACAUGGUGCGGAUGCAAACAUCGGAGGAUGUAUCUCGCCAGCGGAACUGGCGCAGUCGAUGGGUGAUCUUGAGAUUCUACAAAUGCUGGGCUGUGGCACGUCCACACAGUCAAGGGCAGGGCCGGUUGCUCGCCCACACUCACCACCGCCGGGAUAUGAUACUGCCAUGGGCAAAGUAUGA